AUGAACCCCAUCGAGAACGUCUGGGAGUUUUUGAAAUCUGAAGUUACGAUGAAAGCCCCUACAACCAAGCAAGAGUUGAUCAAUAUACUUAAUGACACUUGGAAACAUAACCCAGAGCUCAAAAUAAAAAUUCAAAACUGCAUAAGCAGUAUGCCACGUCGCGUUGAAGCUGUGUUGGCUGCGAAAGGUGGUCUACAAAAUACUGAUUUUUGCAUGUGA